CCAAACUCUGGCGCACAUUUCACCGGGUCACUUCCAUGGUAUUACGCGUGUAAAUAUACUCCAAAAGAAGUUCACGUAAACCUGUUUAUUUUAUUAAUAACUUUACAAUAAGGUGUUACAAAAUUGGUUCUAAAAAUUAAAUAUUUGUUUAUUUGUUGACUCCUGGUUAUUUUUCGAAGUAUUCUAAAGUUGGAGGGUUAAACAAGCGGAGUGAUAUUUAUGUUCCAUCGGAAUCCGUUGACAUUCGAUUUCAACGAGUUUAAGUUGCAGACGAUUUUGGAGUUUGUAAGUGAAAAAGUGGGAGAAGUUUUAUCCAUUGUACAUCAAAAAUGGCAGAUCAACUAACAGAAGAACAGAUUGCAGAAUUCAAAGAAGCAUUUUCACUAUUUGACAAGGAUGGAGAUGGAACAAUCACAACAAAAGAAUUGGGCACAGUUAUGAGGUCACUUGGGCAAAAUCCAACUGAAGCAGAACUACAAGACAUGAUAAAUGAAGUAGAUGCAGAUGGAAAUGGGACAAUUGACUUUCCUGAGUUCUUAACAAUGAUGGCAAGAAAAAUGAAAGAUACUGAUAGUGAAGAAGAGAUAAGAGAAGCUUUUAGGGUAUUUGAUAAAGAUGGUAAUGGAUUUAUUAGUGCUGCUGAAUUGCGGCAUGUAAUGACAAAUUUGGGGGAAAAAUUAACAGAUGAAGAGGUGGAUGAGAUGAUAAGAGAAGCUGAUAUUGAUGGUGAUGGUCAAGUAAAUUAUGAAGAAUUCGUCACUAUGAUGACGUCGAAGUGAAGAAAUGCUACAAUUUGUAAUUAAACUUUUUACAUGCUUUUCCACUUGUUGAUUACUAUAGCAUGCAACAGCCAACUGUUUCACUUUUGUACUUUUUACUAGAGAACUUUGUCCUGUUUUUCCUUGUUAUGUCUUUGUUCUUUCUCCAAGUCUAGGUUAUGCUUUUGUAAAUUACUUAUUCUUUGUUAUUAAACUCCCAUUUUUUUCAAAUUUUCUUUGCAGCACCAUUUGCUGUUACAUAAUUUAACCUACAUUCCAUGUUUUAGCAAAUAAUUUUAACACUGAAGAAUAGUUAACUAAGGUAGAGCACAUAACACAUUUAACUGUGGUUAAUUGUUUGAAUAAACCAGUAUGCUCAGUUAAAUAUAAAAAUGCUAAAUACUGUUAUGAAUUUUCAUUACAUAUAAUUUCGGAUGUUUGCGAGAUGCUGGUGUAUUAUAAAGUUUUAAAUAAAACUUUAAUCAUA